AAGGACUGAAAGAAAAUAAGGGGCUGGAUUCAGAGACCGAAUCCAAGGUCAGCAAAAUGAUUGACGUAAAAAAGGCGGAUAAGAGGAAAGUAGAAAAGCUAUUUCCUCUUAUGGAUAUUACAAACGAACAAGAAGUCGUCGUCACCUCCAAAAAGCGCAGGGUUGAUAAUUCGGCUUCGUCAGCUGGACUUCACUCCAUUACUAGAUCUGAGGCUUAUAAAAGUAAGUAUUUAAUUGAAACGCCAUUAAAUAAAGCUUUAGCCGAAGAGGGGGUUCAGAAGUGGUUUAAUGGGCUAAUGGAAGUAGUGAGCUCGUUAUGGGAGUCAGUAGCUGCCAGAGAUACGCAUAAUGUCCUAUAUCUCAACGGUUUGAAGCCUGAUAUUAGUGUCUUCAAUGUAGAAGAUGGGGGUGCUGUUUUCUCGAAGGCAGCUGUUGGAUUAUAUCCGGGUCAUGGUCCAACAUCAACCACUUCGACGGUUCUUUGCGGCCUUCCUAACAGACGGGGAAUGAAUCACGAAGAAGAUCAGCUAAUCCCGAAUUUGCUCAGAUACCUUAAACCUUGGGAAUCGGAAUUUAUUGACUCGACAUGUGUGGGCCGAAUAUACAUUUUAAACGUCAAGAAGCUAAUGCCCAAAAUAGAGAAAGAUCUUGAAGAUUCUUGGGAUCAUGCUUAUGAUAAAGGAUCUGAUAUGAUUCAAGCCUUAGGUGGAGUCGAAGGUAUCUUAGAGCAUACACUCUUUAAAGAAACAUACAUUGUUAUAUGGGAAGGAUUAUUUUUGAAUAAGGCGUCAGGUUUUGAAGAGAAUAUGAGAUAA